AUGUAUCCUUCCGCCGUGUUGUGCAUUCCCAUCACCAUUCUCAAAUUGUGUGUUGGUAUCCUCAGCAUCGUCGAAUCCAUCGUCAUCUGGAAGUUCAACGCCCGCAUCUGGACGCUGGACUUCGUCAUCACUCAUCAUUUCUGGGCCGACUUGAUCAUUUUCGAGUGUGUUUUCGACAGUGGCGUGUGGAUUUUCUUGCUCGUUACUUGGUUCUCCUCUGAUAAUACGAUUGAUAAUGUCAAGGGCGUGCUCUGCAUCAUUGUGGACUUCACAAACAUCUGA